GCCGCAACUCUCACGCGCGUGCGCAGCCGGGCGGUGGUUGGUCUGCGAACCUGGGGGGCGUCGCGGAGCUGGAGCAGAUCUCAGAAAAGGACCAAAUCUUCCAGUGAAUUUUAAAGGCCCUCUUUCAAGUCAACAGGCAUUGUGCUUUUUCUUUGAAGAAUUAUAAGGAGAGGACAAAACCAUAGCAGAAGAGGGGAAGAUGUCCAACCCCUUCUUAAAGCAGGUUUUCAACAAGGACAAAACCUUUCGGCCCAAGCGCAAAUUUGAACCAGGCACGCAGAGAUUUGAGCUUCACAAAAAGGCCCAAGCCUCCCUGAAUGCAGGGCUAGAUCUGAAAUUAGCAGUUCAGUUGCCUUCUGAUGAGGAACUAAAUGACUGGGUGGCUGUCCAUGUGGUAGAUUUCUUCAAUCGAAUCAACCUCAUUUAUGGAACCAUCAGUGAUAACUGCACCGAACAGUCAUGUCCAAUAAUGUCUGGAGGCCCCAAGUAUGAGUAUCGAUGGCAGGAUGAGCAAAAAUACCGGAAACCAACUGCUCUCUCUGCACCCAAGUAUAUGAACCUUUUGAUGGACUGGAUUGAGGUUCAGAUCAACAAUGAAGACAUCUUCCCUACCAAUGUUGGUACUCCAUUCCCCAAGACCUUUCUACAAGUGGUAAAGAAGAUCCUGUCCAGGCUUUUCAGAGUUUUUGUUCAUGUUUACAUCCAUCACUUUGACCGAAUCACUCAGAUGGGCUCUGAGGCUCAUGUCAACACCUGCUAUAAGCAUUUCUACUAUUUUGUGAAAGAGUUUAACCUGAUAGACACCAAAGAGUUAGAACCACUGAAGGAAAUGACCUCCCGGAUGUGCCACUGAAAAUGGGGUCACCUCUCAGGACUGAUGAAAUCCACCUUUCUGCACCCAUGGAAAUGCCACCUAGAAACCAGAGACUAUGGUUCACACAUUAAAAAAAAUAUAUAUUUUUUUAAACUAGACCAU